CCCUCUAGAUGUCAUUUCGGAGAACGCGGCGUGAUGACGUUUCACCUGCGACGCGCCUUCGCUGGCGUAAGAGCCACGCGCGGGUUCCAGCGUUGUUGAUAUGGCCUGUGUGACAAGUUAGCAACGACCCAGAAGUUAAAACGUCUCAACCUUGGGCCCCGCCGCAGGUUUGAGCUCCCACAGUAACGGAGAAGCGGCGCUGCUAGCGGGCCGUGUUCCGCCCGGUUCCGGGCUGCAGGGAGCGCGACGGGGCGGCGGGACGGGGCGGCGGGACGGCCAUGUAGCCGAGGCAGAAGCAUGAGCAGGUCAGAGGGGACGGACGACUACACGGUGCAGCAGGAGAACGAGCUAGAAGCCCUCGCGUCUAUCUUCGGAGAUGACUUCCAGGACCUGCGCGACAAGGAUCCGUGGAAGGUUAAAAGGCCUCCUGAGGUGCACCUCUGCCUGCGGCCCAACGGGCUCAACCACGGACAGCAGUGCCACGUGACCGUGGACCUGCAGGUCAAAUGUCCACCCACGUACCCAGACGUGCCUCCGGAGCUGGAGCUGAACAACGCCAAAGGUCUCUCACAUGAAAAUCUCCACAACCUUCAGAGUGAACUCACCAAACUGGCAGCGGCGCGAUGUGGGGAGGUGAUGAUUUACGAGCUAGCGGACCAUGUCCAGGGCUUCCUGAGCGAGCACAACAAGCCUCCGUCAUGCUCCUUCCACGAGGAGAUGCUGAAGAACCAGCAGAGGCAGCAAGAGAAGCGAGCCCAGGAGGAGCAGCAGAGGAUGGACCAGCGGCGCAAACGGGAGGAGGAGAUGGAGAAGGAGAUCAUGGCUGUGAUCCAAAAAAGAGAAGAGGAGAAACGUGAGGAGAAGAGGAGAAAGGAAAUGGCCAAACAGGAGCGUCUCGAGUGCAUGGAGCAGCCGGUGUCUGGGAACCCCUCCCCAUUGGGCAAAAGCCCACCCAGCCCAGGAGGAGCUCCUCCCGAAGCAGCCGAGCCCAAGAGAGUGUGUAACCGGCGUCGGACUACCUCCAACUCACGCUUCAGACGUGACACAUUUAAUGAAGAAAAUCAUCGCUCACAGGAGCUUCUUCACUUCACCAGCACUAUAUUUGGAGAAUUUGUUGUUCACAGAGGAAAAAGUUUAGGUGUGAGCGAGAGGCUCGGCCGUAACGUUUACUACGGGUUUGAGGCAAACUCAGGCGACUUCGCUGUGAUCUACGAGUGGUCUCUGCACUGGAACAAGAAGAUGGGCAAGUUCUUCACCAGCCAAGAGAAGGGGAAGAUUGAGAGCUGUAAAAAGCAGAUCCACGGGGCAGAAGCUGAGUUCAACUCCCUGCUGAGGCUGGAUCACCCAAACCUGGUGCAUUACAUGGCCCUGAGCUCCACAGAGAAGGAUGACUGCCUGCAGGUUAAUCUGCUGGUGGAGCAUGUCUCUGCAACCAACCUGAACCAAAGUCUGACGAACCACAACCCGGUCCCUCUGGACAAACUCUGCCAUUACACGGCCCAGCUGCUGGCCGCUCUGGACUACCUCCACUCCAACUCCGUGGUCCACAAGCAGCUGGGGCCCUCCAGCGUGCUGGUGGACUCUGAGGGCAACGUUCGGCUGACAGACUACAGCUUAUCCAAGCGAUUCGCCGACAUCUGUAAAGAAGACAUUUUCGAGCAGGUCCACGUACGUUUCUCGGAGGACACGGCGAUGCCGACGAAAGCGGGCAAGAAAGGGGACGUGUGGAACCUGGGCCUGAUGCUGCUGGCCCUGAGCCAGGGGAAAGAGAUGAAGGAGUAUCCGGUGACGGUGCCUACGAGCCUGCCUGCUGACUUCCAGGACUUCCUCCACAAAUGUUUGUGUCUGAUCGAUGCUGAGCGCUGGACAGCCCAGCAGCUCUUGGAGCACUCCUUCCUCAAACCUCCAUCACCUAAAAACCUCCCACAGUUCCACGAUGCCAGCCCAGAAGAUCUGGCUGUGGACUUUGCGUCAUCAGUCAUCCCUCGGAGCCACAUCCUCAAUGCUCCGUUCAGCUCCGGGGUGCAGAGGCAGUUUUCCCGCUACUUCAAUGAGUUUGAGGAGCUGCAGCUCCUUGGGAAAGGAGCCUUUGGUGCUGUCAUUAAGGUCCAGAACAAACUAGACGGUUGUUACUACGCUGUGAAACGCAUCCAGGUCAACCCCGCUAGCAAGCAGUUCAGGCGCAUCAAAGGCGAGGUGACGCUGCUCUCCCGCCUCAACCACGAGAACAUCGUCCGCUACUACAACGCGUGGAUCGAGCGGCACGAGAUGCCGUCGGCCGGGGUGCUGAGCACCACCGACAGCUCGGAGCCCCGCAGCACCGACAGGCCUGCUCAGUGCAGGGCUCGCUUCAACGAGCUCGGCCUCCCCGACGACGUGGAGGACGUGGCUCCACCGCCAGCCCUGUCCAGCUCCGUGGAGUGGUCCACCUCCAUCGAGAGGUCCUCCAGCGCCAAGUGCAGGGGGCACCAGUCCAGUGACGACGAGGACGAUGAGGACGAUGAUGACGAAGAUGUGUUUGGUGCCUCUUUUUUGCCGUCAGACAGUGACUCGAGGAGUGACAUCAUCUUCGACAAUGGCGACGAAAGCGCAGAUGAGAUAUCGCAGGUGGAGCCGAGCAAAAGGCCGGCGACCGACGCAACGGAGAGCACGGAGUCGGACCAGUCUCUCCUCAUAGCACAUUACUUGUACAUACAAAUGGAAUACUGUGAAAAGAGCACUUUAAGAGACACCAUAGACCACGGCCUGCACCAGGACCAGAACCGGCUGUGGAGACUCUUCAGAGAAAUACUGGAUGGUCUGGCUUAUAUCCACGAGCAGGGGAUGAUUCACAGGGACCUGAAGCCUGUCAACAUCUUCCUUGACUCACAGGAUCAUGUGAAGAUUGGAGAUUUUGGCCUGGCUACCGACCAUCCUGCUAAUGUGGCUGCAGGAACAUUUGAGGUGGAGGAUAGUGGCUCUGCAUUGAUGCAUAAGCCAGACCCAACAGGUAACAUGACGGGGAUGGUCGGUACUGCUCUGUACGUCAGCCCAGAGGUUCAAGGGAACACCAAAGCCACCUACAACCAAAAAGUUGACUUGUACAGCCUUGGCAUCAUCCUCUUUGAGAUGUCCUACAGACCCAUGACCACGGGGGCCGAGCGCAUCUCUGUGCUGAGUCAGCUACGCGUGGAGCCCAUCACCUUCCCUGAGGAUUUUACUGCGUACGAGCAAGGAACACAGGGAAAGGUGAUCCAGUGGCUGCUGAUCCACGACCCCGCCCUGCGGCCCACCGCCCAGGAGCUGCUGAAGAGUGAGCUGCUGCCUCCGCCUCAGAUGGAGGAGUCAGAGCUGCACGAGGUGCUGCAGCACACCAUGGCCAACAUCAACGGCAAGGCCUACCGCACCAUGGUGGCUCAGCUGUUUGCUCAGAACACCUCACACGUCAUGGAUUACGCAUAUGACAUCGAUCUACACAAGGGCAACUUCAGCUUGAACAGCGCCAAAUUGCAGCAGCAUGUGUACGAAACAAUCAGCAGAAUCUUCAAGAAGCAUGGUGCCGUGCGCCUCCAGACGCCGCUGCUCCUCCCCAAAAACAAGACGCUGUACGACACCGGCGAGCUGGCCUGCUUCAUGGACCACAGCGGGAUGCUGGUGACGCUGCCCUAUGACCUGCGUAUGGCGUUUGCAAGAUUUGUCGCUCGCAAUAACAUAACGCAUCUAAAAAGGUACAGCAUUGAACGCGUGUUCCGGCCCAGGAAGCCUGAUCGCAUGCACCCGCGGGAGCUCACGGAAUGUGCCUUCGACAUCAUCACGCCCGUCAGCAACAGCCUGCUCCCCGAUGCCGAGACCAUUUACACCAUCUCUGAAAUAGUUCAGGAGUUCACUGCGCUCCAGGAGAGGAACUACAACAUUUAUCUGAACCACACCAGCUUGUUGAAGGCCAUCCUGCUCCACAGUGGGGUCCCUGAGGACAAACUGAACCAGGCCUCCAACGUGCUGUGUGAUGCCAUGUGUGAAAGGCUGACCAAACGUGAGGUGGAGGCAAAGUUCUGCAACUUUUCACUGUCAACCAACAGCUUGCAGACGCUGUACAAGUACAUAGAGCAGAAGGGGAAUCUGCAGGACUUGGCGCCGCUGCUGACAUCGCUCACCAAACAGAAGACAGCCGUCACCCAGCUGGCCAAGCAGGGCCUCAAGGACCUGGAGGAGAUCACGGUGCUACUGCGCAGGCUGGGAGUCAAGAUGCAGGUGGUGAUUAACUUGGGCUUAGUGUACAAAGUGCAGCACCACUCUGGAGUCAUCUUCCAGUUUGUGGCUUUCAUCAGGAAACGCAAGCGGACUGUACCCGAUAUAGUGGCUGCUGGAGGGCGCUACGAUCACGUGAUCCUUGGGUUUCGAGGGCCUGCUUCUACGUCCCCGGUCCCCUCUGCGGUGGGGGCCAGUGUGGCGCUUGACAAAGUGUGUGCUGCCAUUGCCAACAUGGAGGAGCCGCCGUCGGUGAUCUCCUGCGACGCCUUAGUGGUCCCUGUGGGUCAUUCGUCCUUGCCUCGAGCCAUCAACGUCGUCCAGAAGCUGUGGAGCACUGGCGUCUCUGCAGACAUCGCUUAUGACGUCUCUCAGUCUCAGGAGACGCUGCUGGAUCACUGCAAACUGGCUGGCAUCACCUGCUUGGCUCUGGUCUCUGACAAGGAAGGCCACUACGUGAAGGUAAAAUCCUUUGAGAAGGACAGACAGUCUGAGAAACGCAUCCCAGAGUCAGACCUGGUCGACCACAUCAUUCAGAAAUGUCGGACCAAAUUCUUUGAUGAGAGAAACAUCAGAGAAAUCUCUGAAAGCAUGACUCCGAACCCCAAAGGAUCCCAGCUCAACACCACAGGCUCUUCAGAGCAGCAUGGGGGCAGCAGCACCAUGAAUAUGAACGUGAACGUCAUCAGCCCAGAGAAAGUGUCGUCCAGUGCCAGACGGCGCUAUGAGACGCAGAUCCAAACCAGAUUACAAAAUCUUGGUAGUAAUUUGCAGAACAAGAGCAAUGACAUCGAGGUUCUGGCAGUGGACCUGCAGAAGGAAACCCUGAUCAACUUCCUGUCCCUGGAGUUCGACAGCGAGGAGCAGUUCAACAGCAGCGUGAAGACCCUGCUGUCCCGUCUGCCGAAGCAGCGCUACCUGAAGUCCAUCUGUGAGGAGAUCCACCACUUCAAACUCACCAAAAGGGUGGCUGUGCUGGUGCUCUACAGCUACAGGGACGAUUACUACAAGAUCCUUCUCUGAAACCAACGGACUGAGUGUCGACCCGGCGGUUACGGACCCACGGAACCUGUGAGCUCAACAUCACAAUGAUUCUUCCUGAGUAGUAACUGUAGCUGUGCAGCUGUUCAGUCCAAACUAUUACUGUUAAUUCCCAGUGUUUCGUGGUCCUCUGAAACCAAGUAGACAAGAUGUUUACUGGACUUUAUUGCCUUAAUAGAAUUUGAUAGAAAGGGCUUUUUACUGAACACAGGGAUGAUUUUACUUUUCUGAUAACCAUUGAGGUGGAGAUUAGGAAUAAAUCAUAAUUUUCCAACAUGCAA